GAAGAUCGAACAGUAUCCACAAGGUUCUCAAAGAGUGUACAAUAAUCUUGUGGUGACAUUUGGGCGGAAUAGGCCAGAUUAGGGCGGAGUUGGUACGAAAGCUGAGGUUUUUCUACGAAACAACAUGUGAUUUAUAAACUUUUACAGCGCGAACCCGGGAAAAUUCCAAAGCGGACCGAUGGACUCUGACCUGCCAAGACCACGGUGCUAUUACCAGUAAACCGGAACAACCGGAGUGAUAAAACAAAACGUACGAGCUGCGGCUGACACAUGACACGAGGGAUUGUCCUACCAGGUAAGCAUGACCUCACCGACAACCAAUCAAAAUGAUCGCUGGUGAACGCGCUCGGAGGAUGUCGGCUCUGAUUGGUCAAGAAGCUCGCACAUGUUGUGCAGUCUGCUUCAUUCUGGAGAUUUUAAAAAGGCGCGAGAAUUGUUGUUCCUAUCAUUAUUCGACAGAAAGACAAUCGAGGAAAGGCUGGUGGAGAUUUCCAGUCCGAUCUUACAUUAACUGGAGAACAGCGGAGUAUUCUACAAUAAUUAUUCAGCUGACCGAGUCAUCUGUCGCAAGUUCAGGACAAUUCAGCUUAUUUAUUUCAACGUACCCUAUUUAUUGAGCAACGGGACAUCAAGAUGCACAGCAAACCGGUAAGGAUGGAACAGUCCUCGGGUUCAGCAAAGAUGGAACGGUCGUCGGCUGCGGCUAAACCCCCCAUAGCAGUUGUUGGCAUUGGGUGCCGCAUGCCCGGAGGUGUCGACUCACCUAAGGCAUUCUGGGAUGCCUUGGUACGGGGUGACGACAUGAUCAGUGAAGUGCCUCCAGACAGAUGGUCCUUGGAAACCUUCCAUGAUCCUGACCAGUCCAACCACAGCAAGAUGGUGACGAGACGAUGUGGCUUCGUCCAUGGCAUAGACAAGUUUGACAACACCUUCUUCAAGAUUUCACCUCGUGAGGCAAGCUCCAUGGACCCCCAGCAACGCCACAUCCUUGAGGUCACCUACGAGGCUUUUGAGGAUGCAGGAAUCAUCCCCAGCACCUUGGGAGAAUCCUGCGGUGUCUACAUCGGUGUUGGCAUGAUGGAUUACCCCAUUAUGUUGAUGGAGACAUCACUCAUCAACCCUUACACUCACACGGGUGUAGCACAUUCUGCCGUCGCCAAUCGCAUCUCCUACGCCUUCGAUCUCCGUGGCCCCUCCUAUGUAAUUGACACCGCCUGUGCUUCGUCUAUGACAGCUAUGCACAGUGCCUGCAAUGCUAUCUGGGAUGGCGAAUGUACAACUGCUGUUGCUGGAGGUUGCAACAGUCUACUCAUUCCUGAGGUUACGGUUGGUUUCAGUGCUUUGGGCGUCUUAUCUCCUGAGGGGAAGUGUUGUCCAUUCUCUGACACGGCCAAGGGCUACGUAAGAAGCGAGGGCUUUGGCGUCUUCAUCCUAAAACCACUUGACAUGGCACUAGCAGACAACGACCAUAUCUAUUCCGUCAUCCGAGGAAGUGCCAUCGCAGCAAAUGGUUUCAGCAAGAGUCUUACAAUGCCCUCAGCUCCCGCCCAAGAGAUGGUGAUGAAGAAAGCCUAUGCACGCUCUGGAGUUCCACUAUCGUCUGUUCAGUAUGUGGAGGCCCACGGGACUGGAACUCCUGUAGGCGAUCCCAUCGAAGCAAGUGCUAUCGGGCGUACCUUUGGCCAACUUAAAGACACCCCAGUCAAAAUUGGAUCCGUGAAGAGCAACUUCGGGCACAGCGAGUGUGCUGCCGGGAUCACAGCUGCCAUUAAAGUGGCUCUCAUGUUGGAGAAGAAUAUGCUGGUUCCUACCAUCAACUUUUCCAAUGCCAACCCCAACAUUGACCUUCAAGAACUCAACCUCGAGGUCCAGACAAAAUUGGAGCCGCUGGACACCAACCCUGGUGUUAGUGCAAAAGACACAGAUGACACCUACACAGUUGGCCUAAAUAGCUUUGGCUUCGCAGGUGCAGUUGCUCACAUGAUCUUCCAGAAGAGACCAAAAGCAGACAAAAGCGCCAUGCAGACAGCAUCGGCUGGCUGGAAGUUAGGUGAUGAUAGUGUUGGACGCCCAAUCAUCCUGCCGCUGUCUGCAAAAUCUGGAGAGGCUCUGAACGAUCUUGCAAAGAAGUGGUUGGAGUUCGACUGCGACAAUGAUGCCCUCAGCGUGACAUCAUGGCAGGCAACUCGGAGAGACCAUCACACGUACAGGAUGACUGUCAUUGCCGAGUCUACAGCCUCCUUUAGAAAGAGCCUGGAGGGAUUUCUUCAAGGUUCUGGAUCGGAAGCUGUUGUGACUGGCACAGCUCCCCAAGUUAAACCAAAGGUCUGCUUUGUUUUCCCUGGCCAAGGGCAGCAGUGGGAGGACAUGGGCCGCAAGCUCUACAGAGAUGAGAUGGUUUUCAGGGACAGCAUUGAUACUUGCGAUCAGAUCUUCAAAAAGAUGUCCGGAUGGUCCCUGCUCGAAUACUGUGGCUUAUUCAACAGCCAUCCAAUCAAUCCAGACACCUCUCCCUACACAUCUGUAAACAACGCACUCAGUCAAGUAGAAGUCAUCCAGCCCGCCAUCAUGUUCAUCCAGGUCGCACUCUACCAUCUCUGGCAGCACUGGGGAGUACAGUCUGACGUUGUUGUUGGGCACAGCCUUGGUGAGAUCUCUGCAGCCUAUGCAAGUGGUGGCCUGACCCUAGAGGAAGCCGUGGCUGUAAUCUAUCACCGAAGCCACGAACAGGCAAAGCAAGAGGGAACAGGUAGAAUGGCUGCACUGCGAGCUACAAAAGAACAGGCAGAGAAGAUCUGUCAGGAGCACCAGAAUCUCUACAUUGCAGCAGUCAAUGCACCUGGUGCAAUCACUCUAGCUGGCAACAGAGAUGUAAUAGCCGCUGUGGUUGAGGAAAAUCCUGGAAAGGCCAAGCAGCUCCGGGUGACUUGUGCCUUCCACACACCGGAGAUGGAUCCAAUCAAGGAGCCAUUUUCCAGAGGCAUGGAAGGUGUGGUCAAAAGUGAACUUGGCAAGAGAGAUGUACCCUACUACUCCACUGUGACAGGCGAAUACUACGACGGCAGUUUUGGCACUGACUACUGGUGGAGCAACAUCCGAGGUGCAGUACUCUUCCAGCCUGCAAUUGAAGCUGUUCUGCAGGAGACAAAGGCAGAUGUCUUCCUUGAGAUUGCAGCCUCAAAUACACUGUUGUCCUCGGUAAAACAGAUUGCCCGUGGUUUGGAUCCCAAACACCCACCCAUCACCGUCAACUCUAGCCUGCGAGAUAAAGAUGAUUUGCAGAGUAUCCAAAGAGCAGUUGGAACCCUCUAUACAAAUGGAGUUCCUCUAAAUUGGGCUGCAAUAACUCAUGAAUCAGGUGAGUGGGCACCGCUUCCAACAUAUCCAUGGCAGCACCAGUCUUUCUGGUUGGAGACAGAGGAGAGACAGAAGCGUCGCCUUGGUUUGGAUGACCGUACCUUCAAAGGACAGAGUGGUAACAUCUCCCUAGAGAUGUUCCCCUUCUUGGCUGAUCACGUUGUGGGUGAGAGAAUCGUAUUCCCUGGAGCUGGCUACAUCGAGUACAUGACACAGAUGAGUUUUGUGGAAACUGAAAAGCCGGCUCUAAAGAACAUAAACUUCACCCGUGUCCUACCAUGGCCGGAAGACUCAGACUCCAAAAAGUGCACCCUAAAGCUUGGGCUCGUGAAAGAUGGGACAGCGAUGCAGGUUACCUGUGAUGGCAAUCUACAUAGCAACGCUCAGAUUGAUGUCUCCAGCAAAACAGAUGUGGAAGAGUGUCUCCCUCUUGAGAAGAUUACAGAGAGGUGCUCUACUGAAGUCAUAGGUGAGGAGUUUUAUUCCAGGCUCCAAGACCUGGGUCUCAGCUACGGACCCGCUUUCCAGAUGGUGGAGAAGAUGUUCCUAGGUGAUGGCGAGGCACUUGCUGUUCUGCAUGCAGUUCCUGACAACAAGCAGAGAGUCCAAGUGGCUCAUCUGGAUGCAACUUUCCAACUGGCUUUGUCUGCUGUGGGUUCAAACAGCGCAAUGUACCUUCCAGUGCACAUAGAUUCCUUUGAGUUAUCCAGAGAGGCUAUUCCAUCAGGGCAACCCAUUAUCGCCUACACCAGAAUUAUCGAUUGUGACAGUAUGAUUCUCACAGCAGAUAUCACCAUGGCCACUGAGCAAGGCAAAAUCUUGGCAACUAUGAAGGGCUUCCGGGCGCAGAACUUCAAUGGGAGCCAGUCAGACGUACCUAUCGAAUCAUGCAUCUACACUACCGAAUGGCAACCAGCAACGGCCAAAACACUGUCAACAUCAGUUCUGAAAGACGUAUUUGAUGAAAGCAAUCUGCUUGAGGCAUAUGGGGAUGAGAUGGAUGCUGUUGCUCGAGCAGAAGACGUAAUUGAUGAAGUUGAGGGUGUGUGUGUGUCGUACAUCCGAAAUGCCCUUAACACAGUCCCACCUGCCGAAAGGGCACAGGGUAAGAGCUACACUAAGUACAUCAACCGUUUCCAAGCCAUCGCUGAAAAUGCUACAAGCAAAAUAAUCGAUUACAGAGAUAUUCCUGCAGUGUUGGAAAAGAUCAUGGGACAUGUUCCUGAGUUAGACUCAGAGGUUAGCCUGAUUAAGAGUCUUGGUGAGGCCUUGCCUGACACUCUUCGUGACCCACAAGUUGCCGUUCCUCUCAUGUUUUGCGCUGAAGGGUUGGACCGGUACUUCUAUGAUUCACUCAGCACAAGAAUCUACUACAAAGCUGGAGCUGAAGCAGUUGUCAGGGCUGUCCGAGAAGCUGCUAAGCACAAGAAUGUUGUCCGAGUUCUGGAGCUUGGGGCUAGGAUCGGAGGUUUGACUCGCUUCAUCGUUGAUCCACUGAAGGAUUUUGGGACUGAGAAGAAGAUGGAGUAUGUAUUCACAGAUGUGAGUGCGACAUUCUUCCAGCAAGCUCAGGGAAAUCUCCAAGAAUUCCCGUUCGUCCAGUACAAACAGCUAGACAUUGAGAAAGAAAUCAAAGACCAAGGGUUUGUUCCUGGCAGCUUUGAUGUCGUAGUCUGCUUGGACACCCUACAUGCAGCGGUUGAUGUUCAGCGAAGCACGGCUUUCAUGACCGACCUACUCAGUGCUGAUGGGCUCAUGUUCAUCAUGGAGGGAACCAACACCCACUACCUGACUGAACUCUGGUUUGGGGCUAUGGAUGUCUGUUGGGUGUUUGAUGACUUCCGAAAGGAGCGUUGCUGGCUGCAUCACCAGGGUUGGUUGGACACCAUGGAAAAGGUUGGUCUGAAAGAUAUCUCAUCGGCUUCCUCACCAAACGAGUUCUUCCAUUCUUUGUUUGUUGGAAGAAAGCCUUCAGUUUCAGAGCGGGAUCAAAGACGGAUAAUCCAGCAAGACAAGCUCUUCAUAGUACGAGAUGGCAACAACAGGUUCUCAUCUGAGUUCCUUCCUCACUACCACGGUGAAGUCCUGAUCAGCAACUUCUCCGAGGCUAAGUCUCUUGAUCAUGUGUUCAGUGAGCACACUGAUUCCCCAAUGGAAUUGAUGUACAUCUACAGCGACGAAGACUCUAAGCUUCACGCCCUGUUGAAACUUUUCCAGGCAGUUGAGUCAUACCCAGAAGUUGUCAAACGUAUGUGGGUUGUGACAAAGGGAGGAAACAUGGAUUCAUCUCUUCCGAAUAGUUCUCUGGCAGUUGGUCUGACCCGGGCUGUCAGCAAUCAGAUUCCAAGUGUGCCUGUUUUCUCUGUAGACUUUGACCCCCAAAAUUCUCUUGUAGAAAAUGUCCAUGAAAUGCUCAAGCUGAUGAAUGACCAUGAUCUUGGUGAGCGAGAGCUUGUGAUCCGAGGAAAGGAGAGGUUCGUUCCCAGGGUUAUGCAUCAAGACCUGAACACUGAAAACAAGAUUCAGUCUAUGAAGUGGCGCGUGGAGCAGGAUUUGAGAAGUCAAGCAGGUAAAGGGGCUUCCAUUGAUGAUCUUGCCUUCCACGAUGUUCGUGAUUUUGAAGUCCCACCGGGCCAUGUCAAGAUUAGAGUCAAGGCAGCUCCUCUCAAUUUCAAAGAUGUCAUGAUGGCACUUGGUCUUCUUGAGGGACUGGAGAGUGAAACACACCCAUCAUUCGGUCUUGAGUGUGCUGGAGUUGUCGAAGAAGUUGCAUCGGGAGUACAUGGCUUCAAAAUUGGUGAUGAGGUAAUCGCAUUCGGUAAAAGCUGUUUUGGUUCCCAUGCUAUCUGUGAUGCACGGUUGACUGUCUCGAAACCAGACAAUCUCAGCUUCGUAGACAGCUCAAGUGUUGGUGUGGUUUUUGUGACUGCAUACCUUUGCCUGGUUGAACGAGCCAAUCUGCAGAAGGACGAAACUGUCUUGAUUCACUCAGCUUGUGGGGGAGUCGGUCUAGCGGCCAUUCAGAUUGCACAAAUGAUUGGAGCCAAGAUCAUAUGCACAGCAGGUACAGAGGAGAAGAGGAACUAUCUACAGAAGCAGCUUGGCAUAGAGAUGGUCAGCGACUCUAGAUCUUCUCGUUUCUAUGAUGACGUCAUGGAGUGGACUAAUGGCGAGGGAGUAGAUGUUGUCUUGAACUCGUUGUCCGGUAAACUGCUUCACACAGGUAUAUCCCUGCUGGGUCCUUGUGGACGAUUCUGUGAGAUCGGCAAGAGGGACAUCCUGCAGAGCUCUAGUCUAAGUAUGGGAUUCUUUCUGGAGAACAAGAUCUUCAAUUCCUGCCAGGUAGAUGUCUUGAUGAAGCAACGUCCAGCAGUAGUGAAGAAAAUAAUGCAGAAGGUCGUUCGUCUGUUUGAAAAUGAGAAGCUGAAGCCAAUUCCAGUCACAGUCCAUCCCAUCAACGAACUCAAAGAAACAUUCCGAAUGAUGUCCAAGGGCGCUCACAUCGGUAAGAUCGUCUUUGAAGUGCCAGAGGAUUUCCAACCAAUGGAGCUACAGCCAUCAUUGAACCAGUUCACACCCAAUGCUACUUACAUAAUCACCGGUGGAUUUGGUGGCAUUGGACAGGCUCUCUCCAGAUGGCUUUGCCAGAACGGUGCCAAGCACAUUGUACUCGUCUCACGAAGAGGGGCUCAGACAGCAGCUGCAAAGAGAACAGUGAACUACCUGAAACACAAUGGGGUUAACCUCUAUGAGUUUGCACUUGACAUCUCCAGCAAAAACAGCGUAGCAGCGAUGUUUGAGAAGCUCCGAGAUGACAAGCGAGUCCCUCCAGUCAAAGGCAUCUUCCACCUAGCAGGAGUCAUCGAGGAGGAAGACCUAUCAGAGAUGACAUUUAAUCAGAUGUCCCGCAUCCUUGGUGCAAAAGUAACAGGCGCAAGAAUCCUCCAUGAACUGACUCAAGACGACGACCUAGACAUCUUCUUCAUGCUGUCUUCAAUCUCCACCACCUGGGGUCAUCAAGCACAGCCUGUCUACUGCGCCGCUAAUGCCUACCUUAACGCUUUGGCUGAGAAGCGACAGAGAAGUGGACUUCCUGCACUUUCAGUGCAACUGGCCCCCGUCAGAGGAGCAGGGUACUUGGAGGACAAGGGACAGACAGUUAAAGUUCUGGCCAUGAAGGGUAACCACCAGCUCUAUGUCGACGAGUUCCUUGACGUACUGGGUCAGCUGCUGCCACGGAAGGAUCUGCCAUGCGUCUGCCUAGCAAACCAGGACUGGGGAGCCACACAGCAGUUCUGCCACAAGUAUAUGCUCAAAUUCCACCACUUAGCAGCCCACAACUCCAAGUCUUCAAAGGGAGAGGCUUGUUGCCUUGACGCUGCCGACUUGGAAGCCAGAGUCAAAUCCAAGAUGGCUGAACUUCUGUGCAUGCCGGAGGAGUCCAUUGACGUCAGCCAGCCCAUGGUGAACUACGGCGUGGACUCGCUGGUUGCCUUGGAGAUGGUGAACUGGGCAACGAAUCAGCUGGGAGUGACCAUCUCUCAGCUAGAUAUCUUAGGAGGCAUAACUACAGCCACGUUGCUUGAAAAGGCCGUGGAAGCAAACUAAACAGGGUAAAAAUGGCAAAGGUUGAACACCAAAGGUGUAAAGAAACAAAAACAAAAUGUUCGUCAUUCCUUCCCUCAACAAGUAUUUAUUAUUCAUUUAUCAUAGUAUAAACGAGAAAAAAAGUACCUCAAUGUAUUGACAAUUUUGGAACAAAAUCAACAACUGAAGAUGCUCAAAAAUUGAAUUCAAAAUCUCUCUAUUUCAAAGAUUUUAAAACAAACGAGCGUGCAUAACUUACUUCAAUCCAUUUGAGCUGCAUUAAAACUUAAACCUAGUAUGUAUUAUAUUCAAUGAAGAGCUAUUUGUCUCCAGGAAGUAUCUCAAAAACCUUACAAUCGUAAUUACGGAAAAUAGCAGAAUAUUGUAAUGAUAUAUAUUUUUAGUUAAAGAAAGUUUUACAUGUAUAUUUAUUUAUUUCACCAUAUUCGGAACUUCCAAUUAUUCAUGCGGACAGUACUGUGCACAAACUUUAACGAAUUUACCUCUGUGAAGGCUUAACACUUUUUUAAAUUGUUUCCUAAAUAACUCUAAGUAAAUGUUUGCAAGAACAUUUAUAGUAACACUCCAUAAAUGCAAAAUAUCCAAAAUAGGAUUUCCUAAUGUAAAAAAGAAAAGAAAAAAAAAGAGCUAAAAAGAAAUCGAUUAAAUCGACUGAAUUCGAAAGGAGCAACGUUUACCCUGAAAAGUCAGUAUAUUCGCGUUUGCUAAAAGCUAUUACGUUUUCAUUGUUAUUAAAAGUUUUCUUUGUUUUUAGCUUUUUAUUAACAGCAACAGUUUGGCUUUUUACACAUUUCAGACGGCUUCUUUAAAUUUUAGAUUUUAGUUGGCAUCGGACUCGUGAAAUGUUUUUAUGGCAACUUUAUAAUUAUAGUCUUGUAUAUAGUAAUUUUGAACUAAAGAAACAGUAUUUCAGAGAUAAGAUAGAGACGGUCUCCUGAUGACGAACAGAGCACACUGUUCGAAACGUCGAGUUAAGACAACUGGUUCUUUUCAGAACCAGACAACUGAAAAAAGAUAAUAUUCACACGGUGUUAACGCAAACCUUCCAUAUAUUUGUUUAUGUCCACCAUGAAAACCUCAUAAGUCUCAUUUAGACAGUAUUUUGUCAAGUUUGUCGGACAAAAGGUGUUAACAUUUACUUGGACUUCAAAUUUUCUUAAUUUGUUACUAUUGCAACUUUUACACGAUUUCGUUUCAAUUUAGGUUACUCUGGGAAUAAUCACAUAAAUUUACUGUUUUGUCAAAAUGAACGGGAAUUCUGGAAUAUUUACAACAUAGCCUGUCGGUUUUCGUUUGUAGCAAAUGUGAUGAACGAAAUCACUUUAGGUUUAGAACUGUGGCUGUGUUCAUGCGAAAACGUUAGUUGGUUGCAAAAGCAUGCGAUUUUUUCUGCUAACAACCUAACAGAAAGUUCCAUGCAUUCACAUGCAGUUUGUUAUUCCACUGAAAUUAUUUUUAAGAUAAACAUACUCGUCUGUCAAUAUUAAACUAUCAGCGUUACAACAGCGAGUUGGGUCCAUAUCGCCGCUGAGGCAUAUACAAUAGUUGAAACUUGUGUAACGUGUUAUGUAUGCUGUGGAUUUUGUUUAAUUAUAUGCUGUAAUAAAUUUGAGGAACUGUUUGUAAUGUAAAAAUAA